GAGGAUGGGUUGUGGCAUAUUGAUAUCUUUGGCUUCUUGAAAUUACAUUUUAGACUUAGUUUAGUCAUCCGGUUUCAUCAACACAGCGCGUGGCUUUCACGGAAAAGGUCUGCGAAUGGUUCUUUCGUAUGUACGCCUCACGAGCCCCACGAGCUAGCUCCAUAUAUAGACACCCCUGUUCUUGCCAACCUCUACAUCUUCAAAGAUUUUUCAUCAUCUCUUGUGAAAUAUAACAUGAGGAGGCCAAAGUCAUCUCGCAUCAGGAUGGAACCUGUUCGGUCUAAUCAUCCUGCGACAAGCAAGAACGAGGGGACCUCUUCAUUGGACACAGCUCUGAAGGUGUUUUGGAAUAAUCAAAGGGAACAACUAGGAAACUUUGCAGGCCAAACUUAUUUGCCGCUAUCUAGGGUCAGAAAGAUUUUGAAAUCCAAUCCUGAAGUCAAGAAGAUAAGCUGUGAUGUUCCUGCCUUGUUUUCGAAAGCUUGUGAAUACUUUAUUCUAGAGCUAACAUUACGAGCAUGGAUGAAUACUCAAUCAUGCACUCGUCAGACCAUCCGGCGUUGUGAUAUCUUCCAGGCCGUAAAGAACUCAGGAACUUAUGAUUUCCUGAUUGAUCAUGUUCCUUUUGGACCGCACUGUGUCGUCCAUCAGGGUGUGCCAACUCCUGCUGAAAUGAUUUUGCCGGACAUGAAUGUUCCAAUCGAUAUGAACGAGACUGAGCAGGAGAAUCUGACUGAAGAGUGCUCUAUCAAUAAUAGAGGGUUUGACCUCAACUCUGAUCUCCAGUAAACAUGAAGCUGGUCAGGAAGAUAAACAUGAUUGAAAAAGAGAAGAAAUCUGAAGAGGAAUCAGGCAGUACUAUGUUCAACAUAUACUAAUGCAGAAAAGAAAGAAAUAAAAAAACUAUGAUAGUUUAUAAUAAGUUGAAUCACUAAACUAUGGGUUAUAUCAAUUGUUCCUUAAUGAUAAUAUAAUGUUUAAUAUGUUAAAAAAUUAAUGUUAUAUAUAUAGUUGUUUCUUUGA